UCUCAAGUCAGUAUUCUUCUGUAUAUAUCAUAUACUGUAAUUAAUAUCUUUCUUAUUCUCUUUAAAAUAAAAUCAUUAGCUGGUGCUGGAUGUCGGGCAGGGAAAUUAGUUCUAGUUAAUCUAAUUUUCCUAUUAUCAGUAAUUUAUCUAAGUAAUUUAACUAAUCUUCUUAAUAUUACCUGGCACACCUGUCACAAAAUUUACUGUAUUAUUAGUUGGAUAGCUAUUAUUCUGCUGUUAUUUCAUAUUAUUAUAAUAAUUUAA